AUGCCCAUCAGCGGACGUCGUCUCCUCGUCUUCAUCGUCGCGAUCCUCGUGUCGCCGACGCUGGCCGCCCCGCCGCCGCUCCUCGGACCGUCCGUGGACGUGACCCAGUGGACGUGCGUCGCGUCCGAGUCGCGCUACGUCACGGCGCGGCUCACCAACGGCAACCACAGCCUCGAGUGCGUGACGGCCAACGCGACGACCGACGCGUGCCUCUUUGCAUCGCACGCCGACGAGUGCUCGUCACCGACCGGGUUUAUCUAUUCGUGCACCAACUACACGCACGGGUCCCGGGACCCGACACCGGCCUGCGUCGCGCUCUACAGCUCUCUUGUCCGCGGCGACGCGCUCUCGCUACAGACGACGGCCUUGUACUUCUACUACAACGGGCUAACGUGGGGCGUCCGCAUCGUGACCGCGCUCGGUAUGGUGCUUCUCGGCGGCGUCUUGGCCACGCACGGCUACUACCUCUUCCGCGUCCUCCUCGUGCUCUAUGGCCUCGUCGCCUUCUCGCUCGCGUUCGCGUCGCCGCUCGACUGGAUCGACAAUUCCACGACCGAGACCAUCCUGUGGAUCGGCGGCGCCAUCCUCUUUGGGCUCUUCUGCGCCGCCUAUUACGCGCUCGCACGGCUCGUCACGGGCGCCAUCUCGGGCACAGCGCUCGCGAUGCUCGUUCUCGAGUACGUCCACCUGUCGCCGACGUACGCGAAGCUCUCCGUGUCCGGGGCCGGGGUUGUUGGCGGCUUGAUGACGCUGCGCUGGCCGCGCCCGCUCUUGCUUUUCCAUACGGCGUAUCUCGGCGCAGUCGUGGCGGUCUAUGGCGGCACCUUCCUGAGCUAUGCGAUUCCGAACGUGAAGCACACCGUGUUUGACGUGGAUCCAAUCCAGACGACGUGGACACCGAUCUUCUUUGGCGGCCUCUUUCUGCUCGCGCUCCCGCUGCAAGUCUAUUAUACGGCCAAAGACGUGUAUCAUUGCGAGACGACCAUGGAGCGAAUGGCGCGAAAAGCGGUCGGUUCGACCGAGUCGCCAGCGUACUCGGACGUGCUCGACCCGUCGGUGGUCGCGGCCGAGAUGGCGGCCAAGGAGCACUGGUUCCUCCAGUGGCUGAUGUGGACGCGACGCUAA